AUGCUGCUUGAUGAGGAUCCUGCCACGUUGAUCCACCAUACUAUUGGCAACUUCAACAUUCAGCCAGACCGACAGGCAGUCUCGCGCAUCAAUGACUCGCUCGCCACACUCCAGCAAUCGCGAGAUCUACGGAUUCGAGAAGCCGAGGCGUCUCUGCGAAAGCUCGCCAGGCACCUGCAUUCCCUGAGCACCCAACACGAGGAAGCCACCGCAGUCCACGAUUCAAGCAAACAUGCCGCUGAAAUCGUAGAGUUGGAUACGAAAAAAUUUCGCAUUGCCAAAGCUGCAACCGAGCUAGAGAUUGAGAGCGAGCGGUUGGAGAGUGAACUUGAAGUGCUCAAGGAGAGGCUGGCCGAUCUCGAGUCACAAGGCCUUGAGGGUGACGAGACAACCCGCCGCGAGCGGGAGGCAGACGAUGCGACGAUAUUACGACUGAAGAUUUUCCGAUCGCUCGGAAUUGAUAUCGAGCCAGACGAAGCGGGCAAUUUCAGCCGCGCCGUGAUUCGGAACAGCCGUAAGGGCGACGUGCACGUGGUGAACAUUGAUCCCAAAUUCUCACGUUUCUUUUACUCGAAUUACUUUUGGUCAACAAUGCAAGGAUGA